AUGAAAGAAGAUAGUCCUAACGAUCCACAUAUUAAUAAAAUAUAUGCACAAAAUAAGACAAUAUGUUCAAAUGCACCCUUUUCAAAUAAUGAAGAUCAUAAUAUAAACAAAAACGAAUAUGAUCAGAAUAAUUAUUAUAAUAAAAAGAAUAAUGAUAUGUUAAUAUCAAAUAUUUCAGAAAUAAAAGACAGAAGAUAUUUUUCACAAUGUGUUGAUUCUAACCUGGAUAAGAAUUAUGUAGAUAUUGGAGAUACUAAAUGCAAUAAUGCAAGCGUAAGAUCUUAUUCUUAUAAAAAAGAAAUAUCUCCUCAUCACAACAAAAAUAUAAUGUUUACAUAUAAAUAUAACCUUGCUAACGAUGAAAGGAAUUCUCAAAAUUUAAGAGAACAUCCUAUAAAUAAUAAUAACUAUGAACACAUAAUAAAUGAAGGAGAUUAUUAUCAAAAUAUGAAAUGUGUAUCAAGACCAACUUUAAAUGUAAGUUCUUUAAAUAUGAAAGAUAUGAAUGUACCUAUGAUAAAGAAUGAUAAAUAUCCAGAAGGUUAUAUAAAUCAAACAAUCUUAAAUAAUAAUAACAAUAAUAAUAAUAAUAAUAAUAAUAAUAAACAUAUUAUUGAAAAGGGGAAAUGUACAAAUGGAUAUUAUUCAUAUUCACAACCUUUAAGUCCUAUGGUAUUUAAUAAUAAUAAUUCUGGAAAUAUAAUGCUCGAUAGAAACACAUUAAAUAAUUCUCAUAUGAAUAUGAGUACAUUCAAUUAUUAUAACAAUUAUAUAAACAACAAUAUAGGGAAUGAACACAAAAUGGAUAAUAUUUAUAUAAAAGAAAAUAAACAUGGGAACGAGGAUAUUUUAAAUAACGAUAUGUUGAGCAAUGAUAUUCUGAACAAUGAGAUUGUUAGUAGUGAUAUAAUAAAUGAUAAUAAUAAUAAUAAUAAUAAUAUAAGGGAUACUAUAACGGAUGGUAUGAGGAAUUACUAUACUUUGGGAUCUAAUAAAAUGAGAAUGUUCAACGUAUGUCGAAAUAUGACACAAACAUAUAAUAAUGGUAAUAACAAUAAUGAUGAUAACAAUAAUAAUGAUAAUAAUAAUAAUGAUAAUAAUUAUAACUAUGAACAUAAUAAACACAAUUAUCAUAACAGAAGAGAUGGUUAUGGAGAUGUACUAAAUAAUAAUAAAGAUGAUAUAACUAAAGAAAUAGAAAAAAAUAUAUCUUUAUUAUGUAAUCAACCUCAUGUUGAUAAUUAUGAUAUGGAUAAUUCUAUAGGUAUAAAAGAAAACACAGCAAAUAGAAAUUAUAUAAAUCCUUUGAUAUAUAUUAAUGAAAAACAACAAAAUUGUUUUAAAGGUAAUUAUAAUGAGAAUAAUGUAGAGAUGAUAAAUGUGGAUAUGAUAAGGAAUAAUUCAAUAUAUAAUGAUAAGACAACAAAUAUUAAUUAUGAAGAAGAGAAAUCAAAUAAUAUAAAAGAUAGGAAUGAUAUGAAUAUGAAUAAUACGUUUAUAUAUAAUACUACAUAUGAACCUUUGCUUAAUAGAAAUAUGAAUAUUUAUAAUAUUACUAAUAAGGAUAAUUAUGAUAAUAACCAAUAUAAUAAUUGUGAUAAUAACCAAUAUAAUAAUCAUGAUAAUAAUCAAUAUAAUAAUCAUGAUAAUAAUUAUGAUAAUAACCAAUAUAAUAAUCAUGAUAAUAACCAAUAUUAUUAUAACCCUAACAACCAAUAUUAUAAUAAUCAAUAUUUUAAUAAUAAUUAUAGUCAAUAUCAUAAUAGUAGGGAACAUCCUAUGACGAAUGAUCCUUAUAACACGGAGAAUAGGCAAGAUGGAAAUCAUUUAAAGUACAGCAAUUAUUUGAAUAAUACAUAUAAUGAUCAUAAUUAUCAUAAUUAUCAUAAUAAUUAUCAUAAUAAUUAUCAUAAUAAUAAUAAUAUUUGUGCUUCAAAUAAUAAAGAAAUAUAUGACCAAAAUAAUGAUACGAUAAACCAAAAUGUUCCACUCUCCAAAAACACAAAUCACUCUAACAAACAAACUAUUUUAUAUGAUAAGAACACGAUACCUAAUUAUCCUUAUUAUACAUAUAAUAUUAUUCAAGAUAAAUGCUUAAAAAACGAAACAGAAAACAAAACAAGAAAUAGCACUUAUAAUUCUUUCCCUAUCAAUACAAAUACGGAACAAAAUAAAAGUAAAAUAACAAGAAAAAAUACAAACAUAAAUUUAAUACAAACAGAAUAUGAUACAAACUAUCAAAAUAAUGGAGCAUAUAACAAUUAUAUGGAGAACUCAUCAAAUAAUUUAAAUGAAUAUAAUCAAAUGGAUAACCAAAUCAAUAUGUAUAAUCAGAAUAUUAUCCAUAAUUAUGAUCAUUCUGUUGAAAAUGGAGAGGUGCAGGCAAAUAUGAACAGAUCUGAUUUUGUAAAUACAGCUAUAGGUGGCUGUGAAAAUUAUCACAUGCUAGAUAAAAAAAAUAAAAUGGUAGAUAUAAAUAAUAAUUUGAUACAAUAUGAAUCCAAUACAGUGUUAGAUUCGAGAAAUGUAAAUGUUUACAAUAAUAUAAAUGAAAAUAAUUUAAAUAAGAUAGAAAGGGGUAAUAGGAACCAAGAUGAACAAGAGGAAUAUAAAGAUGAAGGGGAAGAUGAGAAUAACGAAGUGUCAAUAGGAAGGAAAGUAUAUGAUAAUAAUAAUAAUAAUGGUAGUAAUAAUAAUAAUGAUGGUAAUAAUAAUAAUGGUAGUAAUAAUAAUUCUUCUUCUUAUUAUUAUAAUAAUUAUCCUUGUUACCCACAAAAUAGUAAUAUAAAUAAUUUAGACACAUAUAAAAUAGAAACAGGAACUAAAAUAAAAAAUGAUAUAUCUUUACAUAUAAAAAAAGAAAAGGAAUUUAAAAAUACAAAACAUAUUUUAAAUGAUUAUGGUGUAAUAAAUAAAUGUGUAGAACAUGAUAAUGAGCAAUUAAAAAAUCAAAUACUAGAAAAUGAACAUGAACAAAAUGGUAAAGAAGAAGAGACUAAUGGUGUGGCGUUCUUACCAAGAGACAUUAAGAAAGUUGCAUAUAAUACAAAUGAAAAUGGUUAUAUGUAUAAUAACGAUAAUGUUUAUAAAAAUGAAGAAUUAAAUAAAAAUAUAAAUAUAGGUGUAGAAAAAGGAUAUAUUGAUUCUUCUUAUAAUAAUGUAUCUAUAAAUCAAACAGUAGAUUAUAAGGAAAACAAUAAUUACAAUGGAAAUAUAAAAUAUAAUUAUGAUAAUAGUGAUAUGAUACACAAUGGAAUAAAUAUGAAUAAGGCAUCCAUAUUAUAUUCACAAAGUAAUAGAAUGAAUAUAAAUUAUAAAAUGAUGUCUGUACAAAACCAGGAAGAUAUUUCAAAAGAUGAAAAUGGAAACCCUGCAUAUAUGAUUAAUAAUACAAAUAGCAUAAAUAAAAAUAUUGCUGUUAAUAAAGAUAAUGACAAUAAUAAUAAUAAUAAUUAUAAUAAUAAUAAUAAUAAUGUGUAUCGUGAAGAAAAUGUUUCCCUUGGUUGUUUUAACAACGUUGAAGAAAAUAAUAACAUUAAUAAUAACAUUAAUAAUAAUAACAACAAUAAUAAUAAUAAUUUUUAUUAUAAUUAUAAUUAUAAUUAUUAUAUUAACGAUAAUAGUUAUACAAAUGAACAAGUUCCUGGGGCAAAGAUGCUAAACCAUAACAGCAGCCAUAUAUAUAAUAAUACAUAUGAUAUGGAUAAUUUACAUGUUAAUAAUAUAAAUGUAAAUAACGUAAAUACAAAUAAUAGAAAUAUUAACAAUAUUAACAAUAUUAACAAUAUUAACAAUGUUAAUAUGAAGAGUUUGGAUAAUAAUAAUAAUAUAAAUAUGAUUAAUACAUAUAAUAUGGCAUUUGUAAAACACCAAACAAAUAAUGAUAAUAAUAAUAAUAAUAAUAAUAAUAAUAAUAAUAAUGAUAAUAAUAAUGAUAAUAAUAAUGAUAAUAGUUAUAAUAAUAAGAGUGAUAAUAUGACUUCUAUUCUUCAUAACGUUAACAAUGUUUCUUAUGAUAAUUAUAAUGAUAUACCUGCAGCUAUAAACAAUAAUUAUAUUAAUACAAAUAAUAUGUUAAUAAAUAAUAAGCACAUGCAACAAAAUUAUAAUUGCCAAGAUAUAAGUAAUAAUUCAAAUUAUAUAUCAAACCUAAAAAAUAAUAAUAAUAAUAAUUUCUACAAUAAUAAUAACAAUUAUAUGAUUAAUCAUGAUCAUAGUAUGUUCAAUAAAAAUGUACAAUCUAUCCAUAUGUCUUCUGAUAAUAUUCAUGUAACAAACCACUUUGACAUAAAUCAAAAUGAUAUUCAACAAAAUAAUCUAGUAAUCAAUAAUAAUGAACUCAAUGAAAAUAUUCAGAUGAUCCCACAAAAUAAUAUAUACUUUGCAUCUACUUCAUCUAAUAAUAAUAUGAUGCCCAACUCUAAUUUUAUGUGUUCACACAGUAAUAAUAAUAAUAAUAAUAAUAAUAAUAACAGUAAUAUGACAUGUAAUUAUACAUCUUGUUCUAACCUUAUGAGACCACCCCAAAAUAAUAUUAUUAAUAAUAAUAAUAAUAAUAUUAAUAUAAGUACUAACGAACUAUCAAGCGGAUAUCAGAACCCAAAUAUAAUUCUUUCUUCGUCGUCAAUUAUUGAUUCUAAUAUGUGUGCAGUAUCAUCUAACCUUCAACAUAACAAUUAUAAUGAAGAUAAUAAUUAUAAAAAUGAGUGCCUCAAUAAUAAUAAUAAUAGCACACAUAACAAUAUAAAUAAUAACGAUCAGAAUUAUUUUAAACAAGAAAAUAAUUGCGCAGAUGAAAAAGGGAUUCAUGAGAACUACCAAAAAAGUGUGAGUCUAAAUAUUAAUAUGAAACAUACCAAGAAUAAAAAAAGUAAUAAUAACGAUGGAAAGAAAAGGAGUAACAAGAAUAUAAAAGAAGAUAAGAAAAAUGAUGUGACAGAUAAUAAUGAAAAUAAUGGUAAAAGAAAUAAGAAAAUUCGAAAAGCCAAAACUUUUGGAGGUACAGUAAAAAAAGGAGGAACGAUUAUUAACUUAGAAGCAGAAUCACAACGUAUUAAAAGAACCCCUUUCUGUAUAUAUUCCUUAAACGACAUAUGUAACCAUCUAAGAUAUGGUAAGAAAAGUGCUAAUUCUAUUAACGGUAUGAUAAAAACAUCAACAUGUAAUUGUGAGAUUCAUAACGAUAUGAAAUUCGUCAAGCAGUAUAUUAACUUUUUAAUUGCUCAAAAAGAAAAAGAAAGAAUAAAUAAAGAGAAAAAAAUAAAUGAGAAGGAAGAAAAAAAUGAUGAAGGAAACAAAAAGGAAGAGGAGAGUCAAAAGGAAGAGGAGAGUCAAAAGGAAGAGGAGAGUCAAAAGGAAGAGGAGAGUAAAAAUGAAGAAGAGAGUAAAAAUGAAGAAAAUAAUAUAAAAGAUAAUGAACAAAAAAGAAAAAACAAAAUAAUAAAAAAAAAAUGUGUACAUGGAAAAGCAUCUGAAAAAAAUACUGAAGAUAUAGAUAAUACAUGUUGUAAUAACAAUAUAGAUGGUGAUCAUUGUGAAGAUAUUGAAUUUUGUGAAAAUGAUGAAAGCGAUAAGGAAAGUAAUAAUUUUGAAAAUAUUCUUCAAAAAUAUAAAGGAAUUUUUUGUAAUUAUGAAUAUUAUUUUGACUUAGAAGUAAAAUAUAACAGAGAAUAUUUUUUAAGACAGCUUUUAUUAAAGCAAGCAUUUAAUGAUUUAUAUAAUUUUAGUCAAUGUACAAACGUUACAUAUAAUGUACGAAGAAUGUGGCAUCCAUUAUUUAAUAGACCUUUAGGUGAUAUAGGUAGAAAGCUUAUAUUAAAAGAAAUACGUGAACAUCAUCAUAGAGAUGCUGAAAAAACUACCAAGUUAUUAUUAAAAAAUGGUUUAGAUUAUGGUAAAGUAAGAUUUAUGAAGGUUAAUGAAUUAUAUCAUUAUAUGUAUGCAUUAGGUGUUUUUGAAUAUGCUGUUAAGAUAUCUUUAGAGUUUGGUUCUAAUAUUAGAAUGAGUACUAUAAGUUCUAAAAUCGAUCAUGUUAAUUUAUGUAGUAAUAUUAAAAAUGGUUAUUCUUAUUGUCUUAUUUGUUGUUCUCAAAAAAUACGAAUUGGUUCUAUUAUAAAUAACACUAUAAAUUUAAUGAACUAUAAAAUUCUACUUAAUAGUUAUGCUCAUUAUUUUUAUUAUUUUGUUAUAAAAAAAAAAUUAAAAAGAGUGGAAAACCAAGAAGAAUAUGAAACUAUGGAUCAAAUAUUAAACAAGGAUUCUAAUAAUUUAGGUAAUAUUAUUAUAAUUAAGCAAAAAAAAAAAAAGAAAAAAAAAAAAAAAAAAAAUAAAAAUAAAAAAAAAAAUAAAAAGAAAAAUAAUAACAAUAAUAAUAAUAAUAAUAAUAGUGAUAAUUCAACUAGGCAUUUUAAUAAUGAGCAACAGAUAUAUUCAAUGAAUAUAAAUCAUAAUAGUUUUAUAAAAAAAAAUUAUUUUCACAGUAGUAAUAAUAAUUAUCAUCUUAAUUAUUAUACGGAUAGUAGUUAUUGUAGUAUUGUAGUGAUAGAUAAUGAGCACCUUCAUGAUGGUGUUUAUGAUCAAAAUAGUUGUAACUUACGACUUUCUUAUUGUAAUAAUACAAGUAAUAACCAAAAUAUAAAUUAUAAUAAUCAUGAACAUGAUAUUAAUAAUGAUAGUGAUUGCAGUACUAAAUGUGGGAGUAAUAAGAUAUACCUUGAUAAUAGUAUUUAUAAUGAAAAUGAUGUAUUCAUAAGUAAUAAUAGUAAACAUAGUAAUAACGAUGGAAAAGAUAAGGGAGAAGAACAAGGAAAAGAAAAAAGUAAGCAAAGUAAAUGUAACAAAAAAGAUGACGUUUUAAAGAGGUACAGCAUGUAUUUAAAAGAUCCGAAAGAAAAUAACACAAAGAAAGAUAACAAAUCAAAAUUAGAUGAAGAUACACAGAAAUAUCCUAUAACAAAAAUUGUUGACAAUAAAAUUUUUCAUUUGAAAAAUUCUUAUCUUAUAGAUGAUGAUAGAAAUGAAAUCAGUUCCUUAUCCAUAAAUUAUCAAGCCAAAAAAGAAUGUCAUAUAUAUUAUCCAAACGGGGGACAAGUAGAACGUUUAAAAAAUGAAAUGAUAAAUAUUAAUAUAGACAACAGAAAUAUUGAGCACAUUCCAAAUAAUAAUAUUAAUGAAGAUAAAGCGAAUGAAAAAAACAAUAACUAUAAAAAUGAUGAUGAUGAUAAUAAUGAUAAUAAUAUUAAGAAGAAGAGGAGUAAAAAAAAUAAAAAAACCGAUGGGGAUAAUGUUGAUGAUGAUGAUAAUGAUGAUGAUGAUGAAAGUAGCAACGAUUCUGAAUAUGAUGGUAAUAAAAGAAAAGAUGAUCAUCAUAAAGAUGAUAAUGAUGAUGAUAAUAACAACAACAACAACAACAACAACAACAAUAAUAAUAAUAGUUAUAGUAAUAAAAAUAAUAAUUAUUAUUAUUAUUAUCAAUAUGAUUAUCAUAAAAACGAAUGUAAUAGAUAUUACCAAUAUAGAGAAAACGACUAUAAUUCAGGAAACAAUAAAACUAAUUGUAAUAAUAAUAAUAAUAAUAAUAUUCCAUAUAACUAUCAAAAAUAUUAUAAUAAUAACAUACAUUCUAAAAAACAUGAUAAUAAUAUAUGUUUUAAUAACACAAAUAAUUAUCCUAAUAAUAUAAAUACAAAUAUUUAUAAAGGAAUUACACAUGAUAAUGAAAAAAAAAAUGUAGAAAAUAAUAAAAUUUUAAAAUAUGGAAACACAUAUAAUGAAACCAAUUUUAUUAAUAAUCCUACAGAUAUAUCAACAAUAAAAAAGGAUAUGAUUUUAUAUUCUCCUGAAAAGAAAAAUACAGAUGAAAAUGUCAUAAAAUUUAUUCCUGAUGAAAAAAUCAUAUGGUCCAUUUUAAAAAGUGAUAUAUCACCAAGCUUAACUCAAUUUUUUUUUAAUUUUAUUAUAAAAAAAAAUCAAUAUAAUUUUUUUUUAAACAAAAGUUAUAUAAAAUAUGAUAAUCACAUGGAUGAUAUAUAUGUUCAUAAGACAGAUGGAAACACAAAAGAUGGAUAUAAAAAUUGUCAAAAUAGAUCAUAUAUAAAUAUAAAUAGAAAUAGAAAUAAUUUAUCGAAUGCAUAUAAUAACUUAGAUUAUUACACACAUAAUAAACAUCUUGAUGGUGGAAAUGUAGAUAUUAAUGAUGCUAUAUAUACAGAUAAAAAAAAAUCUGAGGAAAAAAUUUUUUUCCAAAAUAAAUCCUGGAUAAAUCAAAAAUCUAUGGAAUAUAUAAAUAAUUAUGAUAAUAUAAAUAUAAUACAAAGAGAUAAUAAAAACAAAGAGAAAGACAAAACUAACCAAAACUAUAUUCAUAUAAAUAAUGUUCAUAAAAUAUCUAGUGAUAAUUUAUUAAGAACACACACGGACAUUAUUGUUCAACAUAAAGAUAUGUCGAAAAAAGAAAAUGAGAUCAAAUAUUAUACAAAUAACCAUAUUGAUGUAAAUAUAACUAAUGAUAAAUUAUAUUAUAAUAAUAAAAAAUUAAAGAAAUUAUUUAAAGAAAUAAAAAACAAUAAAUUAUGUAAAUAUAUACUUGCUAAAAUUAAAGAAAUAAAAUAUAAUAAAACAUAUAUGGAAAAUAUAAAAACGAAUAAUAAAAAAAGAAAAAGAAAUAUAACAUAUCCAUAUUUUAUGUUCUAUCAAAUAAAUAAUUUCUUAAUUAACCCUAACCCUUUUCAUAAUUCUUUUUUUCUUAAUGAAAUGAAUUAUUGUUCCAUUAUGCAUAAUUGUACUAUGUAUCACAAAAAAAUAAAUAAAAAAAUAAAAACAAAAAAUAAUAAUAACAACAAUAAUAAUAACAACAACAAUAAUAAUAAUAAUAAUAAUAUUAAAAGUCAUUGUUGUAGUUGUGGAGGUGGGGAUGUAUCCAACAUAUUGGAAAACAUAAAUAAAAAUUUUCAACAUAAACAUUUCUUAUCACAUAAACAUUCAUAUAAUGAACACAAAGAAGAAGACGGAGAAGAAAGAAAAAAAAAAAAAAAAAUCAAAAAAAGAAUUAAAAAAAUUUUCGAAUUUGCACAAAUUUUUAAAAAGAUGUCACAAAAAAAAAAAGAAAAUAAGAAAGAAGAAAAUUUACAUUUAUAUAAUGCCAACAAAACAUGUAAGGACUAUAGAACCUUAAGACAUAAGGAAGAACUUCAUGAACAGAUUCUAUUUAUCAAUUCAAAAAAAUAUAACGAUGAAAUUAUACAUGUUAACGAAUAUAUGAAAAAUGAAGAAGAAAUUAAUUUGACAUCUAAUUGUUUAAAAGAUAAUUUACAAAAUGUAAAAAAUAAUGAUGAUGAAAAAACAUAUAUAGAUAAUGAAGGUGAUAAUAUUUCAAUAGAUUAUACAUAUAAAAAAAAAAAAAAAAUUUGGUCAUGUUUUCCAGAUUUUGAAAAAUCAAGGAGAUUAAAAUUUAUAAGAAAAAAGAAAAAGGAAAAAACAAAAUUUAAGAAAAUUAUACGUUAUUUAAUUCAAAACUAUAAAAUAAAAAAUAUAAAUCAAGCAAAUCAUCAUAAAAAUAAUUUUCAUGCUGAUGUUUAUUUUAAAAACAAUGAUAUAAAUCAAAAAGGUAAAAACAUCAAAAAUACUCUUAGAAUACGAAAUAAUACAAAACAUAUUUUCAUUUAUCUAAUAACACAUACUAAUAUAGUAAAACAUAAAAAUAAAACUUUCUCUAUAUAA